CUCCCCCAAAGUUUCGCCCACUUAUUUAUUUAUUUGCCGGCGAGCGCCGCGCUGCCGCAGAGCAGCAAGAGCCGCUCCGCGCCGUGCCGAGCGCUGGAAGCGGCUCGGUAUUGCAGCAGGUAGGGCUGAGCGCUAGGACCUCGGAGAAUCCUUCCAGCAGCAAUCAGGACUACCUUAAACCCAGCCCAAUGCCUCUUCCUGCGCCAGUCUGCGUGCUGGAUGGAGAUCCACAGUCAAGAGCUGCAGCUCAGUGCUGGAGUACAACAUUUCACAGGGAGCCCUGCAGAAGCAACACCUGUUUCGAGCCAGCCAAGAAAGACACAAGCACUUGUAUGUUGCUGCUUUGCUUGUGGAUCGUCAAUAAUCCUAAACCAGUGGACAUCUGCUGAGCCUCCUGAGAAUUCUGGAUAAUAGAUUUGGACGUCAAAAGUUUUUUUUUCCUUUUUCUUUUUUCCAUUUUUUUUUUGGAUUUAUCUCAGCCAACAACGUGAGAUUUCCCCCCUCCCCCUUUGCAGGAUUCAUGCUGAUGUAUGCAGUCUGUUAUAGAGUAAAAACAGCGCAUGCCUUUCUGGAGUCAGAAUCCAUAAAUCCUGACGUAGCCUGUGCAUCUUAAAAAAAAAAUCCCUAUAACGCCUAGGUAUUUAAGUUGCUAUGGUCAUUCUUAUCUUAAACCAAAUGGAGAAACUACGGAUUUUUUUCUUUAUUACAGUUGGAUGGGCUGAAGACCGUAUUGCUUGCUAAGAGCUGGGGAUAUAUGCAUUUAUAUAGAUAUACACAUCUAUAUGUUUAUAAAUAUGUCAGUGUGUGAGUAUAAAGUGGUGGUUUCUUAGACUAACUGGUUUGACCUUGAACCUGUACCAGUCAAAACAGAAUAUUACUUUUAUUUAUGCAUUUAAUGGAUUGAAGAAAGAACAUUUUCUCUGUAACUGCGCUAGGGAGGGGAGAGGAGUGGAAUAUACCUAAUCUUAUAUCUCCUGGGUUUGGCACCAUCAUUAUUGUUUAUUCUCAUUCUCUAAAAGCAGAAUCUUCUGAUGGCUCCCUUAGGUGAAGUUGGGAACUAUUUCGGUGUGCAGGAUGCAGUACCCUUUGGGAAUGUGCCCGUUUUGCCGGUGGAUAGUCCGGUUUUGUUAAGUGACCACCUGGGUCAGUCUGAGGCAGGUGGGCUACCCAGGGGGCCUGCGGUCACGGACUUGGACCAUUUAAAGGGGAUCCUCAGGCGGAGGCAGCUAUACUGCAGGACUGGAUUUCAUUUAGAAAUCUUCCCCAAUGGUACUAUCCAGGGAACCAGGCAAGACCACAGCAGAUUUGGUAUACUGGAAUUUAUCAGUAUAGCAGUGGGCUUGGUCAGCAUCCGAGGAGUCGACAGUGGACUUUACCUUGGAAUGAAUGAGAAAGGAGAACUGUAUGGCUCGGAAAAAUUAACCCAGGAGUGUGUAUUCAGAGAGCAAUUUGAAGAAAACUGGUAUAACACAUAUUCAUCAAAUCUAUAUAAACAUGUGGACACUGGAAGACGAUACUACGUUGCGUUAAAUAAAGAUGGGACUCCAAGAGAAGGGACUAGGACUAAACGGCAUCAAAAAUUUACACAUUUUUUACCUAGACCGGUGGACCCUGAGAAAGUACCAGAACUAUAUAAGGAUAUUUUAAGCCAAAGUUGACAAAGACAAUUCCUUCACUUGAGCCCUUAAAAAGUAACCACUAUAAAGGUUUCAUGCGGUGGGUUCUUAUUGAUUAGCUGUGUCAUCACAUCAGCUCCACUGUUGCCAAACUUUGUCGCAUGCAUAAUGUAUGAUGGAGGCUUGGAUGGAACAUGCUGAUUUUGUUCUGCACUUAAAGGUUUGUCCUCCUGGAGGAGAGCCUAUGCCCACUCGCUUGAUUUAGUACGAGAGGGAGCGCGAGAGAGUGAGUGCGAGAGAGAGAGAAAGGGAGAGGAUGAAUGGGAGUGAGAGCGCGAGAGAGAGGAGCCGAGGGGAGGAGGAGGGUGAGGAGGAGGAGGAGGAGGAAGGCCUGAUGCAUGCUGGGGAAUAGACACGCUUUUAAAUUUUUGAUCAGUUGUACUUCGUCAUAUAUCAGCAUAGCUGCCAUACUUUGAUUCAUCAGGAUUUUUGGCUGGUGGCCUGCUCAAGUGUACGCUGCAUUUACAAAGGCAUGGAGGGUGCAGUCUUACUUAAACAAGAGACUUUUCAGUUAAUCGCUCUCUGGGUCUCACCCCACUGAGUUUAAAGCAAAGACCUCUUAGUAAAAAAAAUAAAAAUAAAAAGUUAAAUUUAUUUAUAGAAAUUCCAAAGGCAACAUUUUAUUUAUUUUAUAUAUUUAUUUAUUAUAUAGAGUUUAUUUUUAAUGAAAUAUGUACAGGCCAGAUAGGCAUUUUGGAAGCUUUAGGCUCUGUAAGCAUUGAAAUGGCAAAGGCCACUAUGAACCUGUGGUAAAUUCAUGCAAGUAAAUAUAAAGGUGCAUGGAUAAAAAAAAAAGCCAACAAUAAAAAGGUAAUGACAAUAAUAAAUUCUAGUGACCCUCAUGUACUAAAGGCGACAAUCUCUUUUGUGCCCAUAUUAUUGUACGAGUAUGCACACCACUCAUGACACUGAGUCCUCACUCUUCUGACUGCUUGUUUCAUAGCUUACCCCAGAGGAUUAAAGAGAAAACUGGGUCUUCAACUUUUUUUUAUGUGUCUGUAAUAUUUCCUCUCAGAUAAAGUGACUUCUUACAUCAUUGUAAAUUUCACAGCUGUGGAAAAUAUAGGAGUUGGAAUAUAUUCUACUUGUUAAAACCUAUUGCAGAUUAUACCAAAGCUAAAUGAUAAAUAUGCUAUUUUUUUUUCCUAAAGAGAAUGCCAGAAACAACAUAAGUAAUACCAACAACAAUUAUACUAAUUUUAAGAUUCCACAAAGAACACAUAAAUAUUUCAGAGGGCAAGAACCAGGUUAACAGGAUCACUCUUGUAAACAUGUUUAUUUGUGCACUUGACUAUCUACUAUGAAAUGAUACAAGUUCCAUAGGGGUCAUUGUAAUACCUUUUAUGGAAAAUUGCUUUCAGUGUGAACUGUCAUAAUACAUGAUAUUAGCACCCUUCCUAAAGUAAAACUUGCAAAAUGAAACUAAUAAAUCUCUAUCAAUAAUGACAA